ACGAACUCCGAUCGUCUGCACUCAAGGUUGCAUGUGUUUUAAAUAUGUUUAUCAAAGUUGUGGUGCUUUAGUUUUCACAAGAAUAUAACUUGUUCUGACCACAAUGUUUGGGUCAAAGCGUUCUGGGAUUCCAGUUGCUGGCUCYGGUGUUAAGUCUAGCAUUCCUGUWGUCAAAAAGACAACUCGACCAAGCCAAGCUAUAAACAACAAUGCCAAGUCAAGCAUUCCUAGCUCGGCUAAAGGGAAAUCAAGCCCUGAACGACGAAGUACUUCUCCUUUGCAGGCUUCUAAAAUGUCUGAUUUAUCUGGUGAUCCCAAAAUCUUAAAGACAAAAAUCCUUGACUUACAGCAAAAACUUGAUGAGAAGGAAGAAGCUCUGAAUGAGCUGAGUAGUAAGUUAGCCAUGAAGUCUGAAGAAUGUGGAGAUUUGAUUGAAGAAAGAGACACAUUGAGAAAGAGAAAUUCUGUUGACCUUCAACAGAUCACUAAGGAUUACAUGGAAUUACAAGAAAGAUUUAAAGAAGAGCAACGCAAAACUUCUGAAAUGGAYAAAAACUACAAAGAGGAGCAAGAGCACCUGCAACUGGAGCUCGAUGUAUCAAAAGGAGAACAUGAACUUGAACUUUCUAUGCUUAGAAAAGAAAUCAUUGACAUUAGAAACAAAAGUCAGCAAAGAGGAAUACCACUUGAUGUCGAGACAGARCGUCUMAAGGAUAAUUAUGAAAGUGAGAUUCAAUAUUUGAAAGAUCAGCUGCAAGAGCAAAUCACUAAAACUCACGAUGCUACGGAGAAAUUGGAACAACAGGAAUUUGAGCUUCUUGAAUUGAAUGAAACAAAACGACAAUACCAACGGCAAAUUGAAGUUAUUGCAGCYGAACAUCAAGCUGAAUUAUCAAAUAUGAAAGCCUUUUAUGAAAGUAAUAAAGACAAAAAUGUUGAUGACUCUUUAGAAGACACUCGUAAAGAACAUGAAGUAUAUAWCAAAACGUUGAUGGAGCAACAUGGUGCAGACGUAGAGAAGCUUAAAUUAYAAUUAAACGAAGAGAAUUCAAUAAAAGAGAAAGAAAUAGCCUUMCGGAAAGAGUGUGAGGAAAGGAUCAAAACAUUAGAAGAGGAAUUGGCACAGAGCUCUGACAAAAAUGUWGCAGAUUUAGAGAAACUUCAACAACAACAUAAGGAAGACAUCGAAAGUUUGAAGAUCCACCAUGAAAACGAAAUCCAGAGAAUUAAUCUUGAGCAAAAGUCAGAAAGUGAGAAGGAUACAAGCAGAAGCUCGGAGAAUGAACUCCAGGUAAAGAGACAACUAGAAGCAUGUGAGCACGAAAUUCGCAGCCUAAAGGCAGAACUGAAGAAGGAACGUUUGGACUUUACAGAAGCUCGAGAAAUGUUAGAAAAUAACAUAACUGACAUGGAACAAGAAAUGAAAGAAAGAGAAGAAAAAGUGAGAUGGGAAUUAAAGGAGGAGCACAAGUAUGAAUUAGAAAARUUAGUCGAUGAACACGAACAAGCUUUACAKGAAAAACAAAAAGCACAUAAACAAGAAAUAGCAGAACUUAAGAAGAACUAUGAAGCACAACUUGCUGGAUCCAGUGAAGAAGGGAACGCCAUAAAAGCCGCUUUAGACCAACAGAAUGACAUGCACCAAAAAGAACUAGAAGAAAUGAGGAUGAAAUACGAUAAUGAGAUCGAAAAUCUCCAAGAAACACUAGAAAGUUUGCAGCUAGAACACGAAGAAUUACAAACUGAAUACGACCUCGUGGUGAACGAUUUAGAGGGUGAACUUGAGACGACGAAACUUAAAGUAAAGGGAGGUCAUGACCGAAGAAGGAACUCUCGAGAACUUGUGGAAAGUUUAGGAAAGCUUAAAACCCAAAAUGAAGAGCAUGUGCAGCACCUUACAUCAGAGUUAAAAAAAGCGCAGACAAUUAUAUCUUCUCUGGACAGUGAGAUAGCGACGCUGAAAAUGAAGGAAAAGACAUCUUUAGAACAUUUAGAGAAAGUAACAAAACUCGAAGCGCUUGUGAAAGAACUGGAACUUGGUAGUAAUAACCAAGAUGAACUCAUGAAAGAGCUUAGCGAGAGUAAAUCAUCGAAUGAAAAACUUCAGAAUGAAUUGGAUGAAAUCCGCGGGGUGAACUUGAAGCUGCAAACGGAAGUAGAUGGUUUCAAGAAAGAAAAAGACUCGGAAAUUGUCAUUUUGGAAAGUCGAAUUUCMGAAUUAACACAGCAGUCAUCUCAAUUYGAAAAAGACAAGGAAAACGCACAGCAGCGACUUGAAAAAGAAAUUGAAAGAUUCGAAAAUGAAAUGGAAAAACUACGACAAGAAAAAGACCAAGAAAUCGGUGAACAAAGGAAUGAAUACAAUGAAAAGAUAUCUAAUUUGGAAAGGUCCAAUGGCGAGCUUAAAUAUGAAAGUGAGCUACUGGAAAGUGAAGUGCAGCAAUUACGAGARGAAGUGAAUGACUUACGAGCUUCUUCCAAAUCAGAUUCUCAUAUCAUUGCGAAUGAAAAUUUUGACAUUUGCGCCGAAAGCGUCGAGAUGAUUGGCAACGAAGCUCCAGAGGCUACCGAGGAAUUGAAACAUGACCAAAGCAUGAAAGCAAUUGUGGAAGAAUUUGAAAYUAAGAUAGAAGAAUUGCAGAAACAACUMACCAAAGCAAAUCACGAGCUAACGUCGAAAAGCAGUAGACUCGAGUCGUUCACAUCGGAGAUGAACGUCUUACGUGAGAACCUUGAGAACGAAAGGACAAUGGUGCAAAAUCUAGAGGACAGGUACCAAAAGGUGRUGCAAAAUCGCGAUUUAGAAAUUGAAAAGAUAAGAAAAAAGUACGAAAGCGGAGCUGAGCAAUCUGCUUAUAAAAGUGCUGACCGCGAAGCUCAGAUUAAACAAGAAUGCGAUAGCCAAGUCGAAACCGUYAGAAGCGAGCUUGAGAAUGUUAAUGAACAGAAUCAGAAGCUUAUCAUUGAYGUUGAUGAUUUACGCAGAGAAUUAGAUGGCCUUGGACAGCAGRUGUUGCAGCAAGAUGCCAAACACGUCUCGGAAACUAUCAAGCAAGCUGAGGAAAGUCGACAGAAAGUUUCCAAUCUCGAGGAAGAGGUAGAUAGUUUAAGAGAUAGACUGCAGAGUGCUAAGUCAAAUCUUGAAGACGAACGAUCAGAACACGAACGAAAAGCGAAAGAAACAGAGUUUUUAGUCCAACAGCUGAAACAAUCCGAGUCAAACAGCAAUCGCGUUCAGGAUCUGAUCGAUGAGGUCCAGAAAUUGCAAGAUGAAAAUCGCUCRCUUCGCUCAGAGCUCACAACCAAYAAAGAAAAGUUCUCCCGACAGAUAGAGAAAUUCAAGAAGGAAGGUCGAACCAAGACAGCUGAAAUCGAAAGCCUUGCUGCUAUGGUCGAUUCUGAGAGGAAUUCYUAUAAAGAAAAGAUUGAGCAGUUUGAAAAUGAGCUAAAGAAGAGAGACGAUGAAGUGAAGACMUUGAGUGCAAUGCUGGAAAAGGAACAGGCAAACCACGAGCAAACAAUACGAGAUACCCAAAGACACAUUGGUAAACUUACAGAUUUGGAAACUAAAAARGAUGAAUUUGAUCGAGAAAACGUUGUGCUGAAGGCAGAAACAAACGAGCUAAAAUCAAAGAAUGAAGCAAUGGAACAAGAAACCAUCAAGUUAGAAACAAAGCUAAGAGAAAUGAAAGCUGAGCUGUCCAAAGUGAAUAAAGACAAUGACYAUCUCUUGAAUCGRAGCAAGAAAAUGGCAAUGGACGACAUGGAGCAAGUUCACAAACUUAACCGUUCGCUUACCCAGGCAGAGAUGCACAAAGAAAAACUUCUUGGUGCUGUUGAGAACUCUAAACAAGAACUCCAGAAAACGCAAGAAAAAUACCAAAAAACUAAGGAUAAAUUAAAGACMGUGACUCAAAAAUGGCASAAAGAUCACAGUAAGUUAGAAGAAAUCUUACUGAGCCCUCGAGUUGAGAUGGGUCUGCAGACAAGUCUCAUUGAACCAGAAGAGCUAGAGACCACGAAGAGUCAGCUAUCAAACUCAAUAAAAAGAAACGCAAUGCUAGAGGAAGAGUUAAAAGGUUCCAAGCAAGGCUUAAGUGAAUUUAAAAYUGACAUUCAAGCUAUGAAACGUGCAAACAACGUCCUAAUCAAGCAAAAUCAGGUUCUUUACCUUGAAACCGAAUCUCUAAAGAAAACUGUGGAUGAACUCARUGAAAAAGCUGAUCAACUAAGGCAAGUUUCUCUGAAGCUUUCUAGCGACAACGAGAAUUUUCAACAAGAAAACAGUACCUUAAAAGAAAAGCUUGAGACGACAGAGUUGCAGCUUAGCCAAAUCGAGGGCGAGAGACAUUCCUUUGACGCUCUAAGCAAAAGCUCGCAGUUUGAACUCGAAGAGCAGAAAUCAACUUGUCAAAAAAUCGAGCAUGAAAACGAUCAGUUGAAAAGCCAAAAUGAGUUUCUUUUGUCGCAAGCAAAACGACUGCAAACCAAGGUUGAUGAGCUCGAAGGCUGUGAGAAGCAGCUAAAGAAUGACUUGUUAGCGAAGGAAGUUGAACUCCUUAAAAAAGAGAAAAUGAUUUCUGAAGUAAAGUCCAAAAGUGAAGCUCUAAUGGUGUCAGACCAAAGCUUGCAGAGUUUACAAAGGGUACCCUCAAUCAACGGGUCUUCUGGCCACCUCCAUGUCCCUCAAAGUAACGAAACUGAGAUAACUGCAUCUCAAMCUUUAGAGUCAAGUGUUGCUCCUUUGACGUUCAGUAAUGGYAAAGAUGGUGAUAGUGGCUACGUUGGACUGAAGAGUUACCAGGUCAUUGAAUGGGAUGUAAAGAAGAAACCUGAAUCAGAUAUUCUGACAAAAACAGCACCUUUUGACACUCCUCCACUGACAAAAAUCAGACAACUGGAGUUUGAUUCUAGUAAUUAUCUUGGCUCUGCUUAUUGGGACACGAUGAAUCUUUUAAAAAGUAUGAAAUCAGGAAAAUAGAGAUAUCACUUCCAUAAUUGAAUGCCACACCUAUUCUAGUGGAAAGUCAUUUGUAAUAAUAUAUUUUUAUAUUUUUURAAWUUCUUGUAUAUUUUAAGAAAUCAAAAAUUCAAGUCUAGUGCUUGGUAUACCUUUUUCAGGAUUUUUUAGAAUAAAGUGUGUUAACUUUA